GUUACAUUACACUUUGCGGCUUUACUUAGCAAAAAUCAGACUCACAAACAAAAUUAAGAAGAAGAAGAAGACGAAAAUGAGUGAUCAAGAACAGCCAAGACGACCUUACAGCGAGCAAGAACCGGUAAAAUACGGCGACGUUUUCAACGUCACCGGCGAACUCGCAGAGAAGCCUAUUGCCCCACGUGACGCUUCCAUGAUGCAAACGGCCGAAGCGGCCAUAUUGGGGCGUACUCAGAAGGGCGGUCCAGCCGCUGCCAUGCAAGCUGCGGCGGCUCAAAACGAGAGAGCCGGCGCUGUAAGCCACGCAGACGUCUCCGACUUGGCUGGAGCCGAAGGUGUCACCGUUAUGGAGACUGACGUACCUGGCUACCGAAUAGUAACCGAGUCAGUCGGUGGACAGGUUGUUGGACAAUAUGCUCAGCCAACACCCACGGCUCAACUGAGUGCAGUGAGUGAAAUAACAAUAGGAGAAGCUCUUGAAGCGACAGCCAAGACCAUCGGGGAUAAGGCGGUGGAUCUAAGCGACGCGGCGGCGAUUCAAGCAGCGGAGGCUAGAGCCACGGGCAGUAACGUGAUAAUACCAGGUGGCCUCGCUGCUAUGGCUCAAUCGGCGGCGUCCUUCAAUUGCGGAAUUGAUCUCGACGAGAACAAGAUUAAGCUCGGAGAAAUUCUCACUGAUGCGACUGCAAAGCUACCGGCGGACAAAGCGGCAACACGACAGGACGCGGAAGGGGUGGUGAGUGCGGAGCUGCGGAACAACCCGAAUCUGACGACACAAGCGGGUGGAGUGGCGGCGUCUGUGACGGCGGCUGCUAGGCUGAACGAAACUGCUACCACAACAUAAUAAUUAACACUCUUUUUAUCUUAUUUUCUGUUCUGUGUUUAAUUACUACGUCGUGUGCGUAAUAAUUAAUAAGUGAGAUAUGUUUGAUGUUCAGAGCUUAAUUAGUAAGUGUG